GUCCUUUCCAGGUGUUGGGGUCGUCCAAUGUCAAGAUGACAGAGUGCAAUUGGGUUUACACUUCCCCAAGAAAUACGUCGGUUUGUUCGAGCGAAUACGUCAAGUCGAUCGGCCGGGGGAAUGUGUGUAUCGAUCGGACGAUGAAUGGCAUCAGGUAUCUGUACGAGCCCAGGCGGCCCGAGUGGACGCCCUCGCAGCUGCUGCAGCCCAUGCUGCGACUCUAGG